AUGGCAGAGUGUGAAACUUUGAGAAAUAUUCGACACCGAAACUUGGUCAGGAUCAUAACUUCUUGUUCUAGUGUUGAUUUUCAAGGAAAUGAGUUUAAAGGUCCAGUUUAUGAGUUCAUGCCUAAUGGGAGUCUAGAGGGAUGGCUGCAUUCAAGUCCAGAAACUAAUAAUGGGCAAAAUGAGCACCGGAGACUCAACCUUCUAGAAAGAGUAAACAUUGCCAUAGAUGUGGCUUGUGCACUUGAUUAUCUUCAUCACCAAUGCCAUACACCGAUCAUUCAUUGUGAUUUGAAGCCAAGUAAUAUCCUUCUUGAUAGUGAAAUGGUUGCCUUUGUUGGAGCUUUUGGCCUAGCUAGAUUUUUCCCAGAGCUUACCAUUACUAAUCAAAGCAGUUCGAUUGGAAUAAGAGGAUCCAUUGGAUAUGUACCUCCAGGUCUUGGAAGUGAGAUGUCAACUUAUGGAGAUGUCUACAGUUACGGGAUCCAAUUAUUGGAGAUAGUAACAGGGAAGAGACCCACUGAUCGCAUGUUUGAGGAAGGCCUUAAUCUUCAUAGCUUUGUUAGGAUGGCCUUGCCUGACCAUGUGAUGGAGAUUGCAGACCCGGUACUCCUAGAGAAUGACAAAGAAGAGGCAGGAGCAACAGCAGCAGAUACUGCUGCUGCUGCCAGUACUUGGGAAUCAAUUCAAGUGAACAAUGGUGACAGAAUAGUGAAUGUCUAA